AACUUUCUCUAGGCAUUAUUGGGGGUUCAUUGGGCUUAAAAGGGGCCCAGGAAUAUCCAACGCAGAGAGUAACGGCCGACCAACAAGUCCAAGCUCCAAGGAAAGGAAAAUCCACCGCAUCAGGUCUCCGAUUUAUUGAGGUUUUCCCUUUAUUAUGGAGUAGAAGUCAGAGCGUAACAAACCAGGAACUUGUGCUUUUGGCUAAACGGUUUGGAGCGAAGCCAUGGCCGAGAAGGACGAGCUCGCCGAGUCGCUCAACGACCUCUUCACCAGCGUCUCCACCAUGAUCAAAUCCGAGCUCCAAGGGACGAACAAUCACCUGGAGCUGUUGGAGAAGAUGAAUCUGAAAGUGGCCGAAGAGUACAAAGGCUUCGGCGACGUGGCCUCCGGGCUGAGAGUUUUCGUGGAGCAGUUGAAGUCCAAGAGCGGUAGCUUCGACCAGUACGUCCACCAGAUCGAUGCCAUAGAGCAGCAAGUCACCGACUUUGAAGCUGUCAUCUCAAUGCUUGAUAACCAUGUGUCUUUGUUGGAAUCCAAAGUGCAGUCUCUGUACCAACACCCUCCCACUUCGUCAAAUAAUUGAGAUUAUUUGUUUGCUU